AUGCUUGUGUAUCAGCCGUUUUAUAUCUGUCUCAGUCUGUUCAUAUCUAUCUAUCUAUCUAUCUAUCUAUCUAUCUAUCUAUCUAUCUAUCUAUCUAUCUGUAUUUGUUCAUAUCUAUCCAUCUAUCUAUCUCAGUCUGUUCAUAUCUAUCUACCUUUCUUUUUUAAUCAUUUCACCACAUUUCCCCACAAUCAAGAAGUAGAUCUAUCUAUCUAUCUAUCUAUCUAUCUAUCUCAUUCUGUCUAUAUCUAUCUAUCUAUCUAUCUAUCUAUCUAUCUAUCUAUCUAUCUAUCUAUCAUUUUGUCCAAUCAAGUACAUGUCUGUUCAUAUCUAUCUAUCUAUCUAUCUAUCUAUCUAUCUAUCUAUCUAUCUAUCUAUCUAUCUAUCACUGAGUUUAAUCUGGCUGGAAUAAUGUUAAAUCCCGAUGACUUUUAUCUAUCUAUCUAUCUAUCUAUCUAUCUAUCUAUCUAUCUAUCUAUCUCUUAUAAUAAUAUCUAUCUAUCUAUCUAUCUAUCUAUCUAUCUAUCUAUCUAUCUAUCUAUCUUAAAGAUAGCUAAUAUUGCUUUUGCCACUGAUAUACACACAAAUAUCUAUCUAUCUAUCUAUCUAUCUAUCUAUCUAUCUAUCUAUCUAUCUAUUCUGUUCAUAUCUAUCUAUCUAUCUAUCUAUCUAUGUUACUGUUCAUAUCUAUCUAUCUAUCUAUCUAUCUAUCUAUCUAUCUAUCUAUCUAUCUUAAUGUUCAUAUGUAGCUAUCUAUCUGUUCAUAUCUAUCUAUCUAUCUAUCUAUCUUACUGUUCCCAUCUAUCUAUCUAUCUAUCUAUCUAUCUUAUUGUUCCCAUCUAUCUAUCUAUCUAUCUAUCUAUCUAUCUAUCUAUCUAUCUAUCUGUUCACAUCUAUCUAUCUAUGUUACUGUUCAUAUCUAUCUAUGUUACUGUUCAUAUCUAUCUAUCUAUCUAUCUAUCUAUCUAUCUAUCUAAGUUUCUUCAUAUCUAUCUAUCUUACGGGUCAGGAAAUUGGGGCAACUCGGUUCAGGGAAUUGGAUACUUGCUCAAUCGGCCAAUGGGUCGCUCAUCAAUCAACGUUAGCCGGCAGAACCGGACAAUAUUCGACAUUCAGUCUUUCAUUUUAAUUCCCCCUCCCCCGUUUUUCUUCUCGUUCCUCUCCUUUGUUUUCUUUCUUUCAUUUUUGUUUGUUUCCUUUUAUUCUUCUUUUCACCGCUCUAGCUUUCCUCAAAAAUAUCUUUCUUUCUCUUUCUCUUUUGAAGCGUCUUUACUUGAUCGUUACCUUUUCAAAGUUUUCCUUUCUUUCGCCCACCCAUUGUCUAUCAUUCCAUCGUCGUACGUGUUUUCAUCUCCACAGACACGUUCUGGUCAUGUUGAGCAAUUCAAACUUGUGUUUGCCCAUCAUCUCUCACCCAAAGAGUCUGUCGGAGAUAAUCUUCUGCUCGACAGGAGGGCAGCGGAGAUGUCGAACGAAGUUUCUAUCCCAAUUCGAAUUCUGGCGAGGUGA